CGGUAGUUUUUUAACCUCAAAUAGUGACGUCAUGUUGCCGGCUUGUCACUGUUUAUGCUUAUAGUGGCACAAUUUCUGAAUUACGUGUUCGUAUAGUAUAACGUUUGAGCCGAAAAAAAAUUCUUAGCCUAAUCCAAUCGCUGCUAAUUAUUUAAUUACCCAUACAUUUAAAAAAUAAAAAUGGGAAAUUACCGGUAAAAUUUUAUACCUGUAGUUAGUGUUCAUUCGAUUUGUGCCAGUGAAGAGCGAUCCAUGUAACUUGCCAUUGAUACCGAAGACUUAAUGUCAAUAUGAAGACGUUGCUGACCAACCCGGCCGGAUGGAAAAGCCUCAUCACAUUUGCCAUCCUAUUUUUAGCAUGGGUAUCCGGAUUCUCCGCUCGGUUAUUCGCUGUUAUUCGGUUCGAGAGUAUUAUACACGAAUUUGAUCCAUGGUGAGUGUCAUGGACGUCUGCAUUUUAAUGGAUAUGAAUAUAUUCAUUGAACACAUUUGAUACAAUAUAUAAAAUAUAAUUUACAUCUCAAAGGUUCAAUUACCGUGCAACAGCUUAUAUGGUUCAACAUGGAUUUUACAAUUUUCUAAACUGGUUUGAUGAAAGAGCAUGGUACCCUUUGGGAAGGAUAGUCGGUGGCACAGUCUAUCCAGGACUGAUGCUCACUUCUGGUGCCAUACACCAUGUUUUACAUGCAUUAAACAUUCCGGUUCAUAUCAGAGAUAUAUGUGUGUUCCUAGCACCAAUAUUUAGGUAAAAGUUCAUUUUAAAUACAAUUUAAUUGUAUAAUUGUUUAAAGUUUAUACUUAACGUUUUGAGAGAGAACUGGUGUUUUGUGUAUUAGGUGUUAAGUUUAUCUAGUUAAUUUUACAACUAUUUGUGUACAUCUUAAAAAUGGUUUUCAUUUUAUGUUUUACAAUACUUAUUUUUAAAAACAAUUUCAAAGAUUUUGUAAUAAAAAAUUACUAUUUUUCAGUGUUUAUUUGUAAAAAACAAAACAAUAGGUACUUAGCUGAAUAAAAGUAUGUUAUUGUUAUAUUUAAAAUAUUACGUAUAAUUUUGAACAAUUUAAAAUUAUUUUCUUAAGAACCUCUCACUUACUCUUUUACCUAUAUAAUUGGAGAAGUUUAAUUUACUGUUCACACUAAAUUCCCUGACCAAACUAAAAUUCGGAGGGCGUAUUUGUAAGUUAUCAUGUACCUACAUGAAUAUACAAUACUAAGUUUUCUAUCCGGAUACAUACUCAACAAUAUUAUUUUUAUUUUAUGCACAUAAUAAAUAUCUACCUACAUUCAUCAGUAAAGACAAUUCUACAAUUUUCUGGUUAUUUUGGAAAUGGUACUAAUUAACCUGAGUAUAAAUAAAAUUUAAAAUCCAGCAUUUGUUUUCAAAUACACAUUUUUAUAGAAAAAUAUAUUUUGAAUACAAUAAAAAAAAACAUUUAAUUAUAGUUCAAUUACUAAUGCUCUAAUGAAACAUAAUUUUCCCUUACCAAAUUGUAAAUAAUCUAAGUAUUAAAUAUAUGCAUACUUUACAACAUAUAGUUUCAAUUGUAAAACUACUAAUUUUUUGAACAGUAUAUUAAUAACUUAUCAAUUUGUUGCUUAAUAGUCUAAUUAAUUAUCUAUUUGAUGUAUAUACAUAUAUACAUAUAUUAGGUAAUUGUAACUAUCAAUUUAAAUAUUUUAACAUUUAGUUUAGUAUAAUAAAUUAAAAUAUGUAAUUUAUAGGUACUGAGUAAUCAAAUUAUCCUGUUUUAUAAAUUAUUAUUGCCUAUUGAUUAUUUAAAUAAAUAAUCGUGUUAAAUUAAAUAUUUUUUUUAUUUUUUAGUGGUAUGACAGCUAUAUCAACCUAUUUUCUUACCAAAGAGCUUUGGUCUCCGGGUGCUGGAUUGUUUGCAUGUUGUUUCAUUGCAAUUGUUCCUGGCUAUAUAAGCCGUUCAGUUGCUGGUAGUUAUGAUAAUGAAGGAAUAGCAAUAUUUGCCCUUCAAUUUACAUAUUAUCUUUGGGUAAGUAGUAUUUAUGUGAUCAGAAUGUUUUUGAUUUUUUUAAUUAUUCUUGAAUAAAGUUAGUAUUAGAAAUGUUAUGCUCAUAAAUAAUCGGUUCUAAUUAAACUAUAAAAUAAAAGAGUAAAAACAAAAUUAUUAAAUAGUUAAUACUCGUAAAUAAAUGUAUAAAUUAAUUAACGCAUCACAUGAUUUUUUGACUUUGUGAUUUUACCCAACGAUAAAUUUUUAAUUUGAAUUUUUUGCUAUUAUUAUUAACAUAUUUUAUCAGUGAUCACACUUUUAAACAUUACUUAAGAAAUGUACAGAAUAUAUUAAGAUAAGAAAUUUAUAAUUACAUAAUAGUAAAUGCCUCUUGACAUUUUUGGAAACAAUUUUUGUAUCCCAAGUAGUGUUGCCCAAACUAUAUUUUUAUGGUGUAGUAUAAUUUAAAACAUAAAAUCAUUCCCCACCUAAAAAACUUUUACCUAUAUAAAUAUAUACUUUCCAACCACUACAGCCUACUAUCUUGAAUUGUUGUUGUUAUUUAUUUAUUAUGUAAGCUGUAAGGUUAUUAAUUGAACAAUAAUUUAAAUUUUUUUCUCGAUUUGGUAUUAAUACAAAUUUUUUGAAUGAUGAUCCGAGUACAUGGACCAUCCAUAUUAACCAUUUACAUGGAAAAGAAAUUGUAUGCUUGUUAAAUGUAGUAAAUUAUACAGCAGAAAGAGUAGUUAAACUUAUGGAAAGUUUUCAUGGGAGUUUAACCAAAGAUGAUGAGAAGUUUGAGUUGCUCUUAUGCUGUGUUCAAGAACACAGAAGGCUAUACCUUGACUUUAAAAAGAAAACAUUAAACAAACCGUUCUAAUGAAUGUAUUGUAAUAUAAUGUAUAAUAACAUUUUGAGAAAAUAGUACUUUCAUAUAUCAAAGUCUUGUAAAUGAAAAUAAAUAAGAAGAAAUAUGUAAGAAUAUAAUUUAUAGACAAUUUUAUUUUAUUCAAAACAUAUUAAGUAAAAAAUUUAAAUUUUUCUAUAUGUAACUUUGAUAUUCAUAAAAAUGUAAAACAUAUCAUUAAAUUACGACUGAAUUAAUUACCCACAUUUCAAAUUCAAGUUGGCACGUGUUAACCUUGAUAGAUCGCUCAAAACAUUUUUGUAGCUCAUUUUUUAUGCAUAAACACAAAUUGUGGGGUGAGACUAAAGAAACAUUGAAAUUGAUAAAUAUAAAGGAGACCCACUGUAAAUAUUUUAGUAUUUUUAGGGCCCACAAAAAAAUAUUGUAAAACUAACCAUUUUAUUAGUAAUAUAUUGUAUAACAUACACUUCUACUAAGAAUAUAUUACUCGAUAGUUAAUACAUACUUAAAAUUGAAUAUUUUGUUAAAAUGUAUAUAAUUUAUGUUAUAUUAAAAUAUAUUACACUUUUUUUAGGUCAAGUCUGUCAAGACUGGCUCCGUUUUUUGGUCAGUUCUUACUGCUCUUUCCUAUUUCUACAUGGUAAAUUUUAUACAUGUAUAAUAAAUUCCUAAUUGUAUAUUUAAAUAUUUGAAUUAUUAUUUAGGUUUCAGCAUGGGGUGGAUAUGUGUUCAUUAUAAAUUUGAUUCCCCUUCAUGUAUUUUUGUUACUGAUUAUGGGUCGUUAUUCAUAUCGUUUGUUCACAAGCUACACUGUUUUUUACAUACUUGGUUUAGUUUUGAGCAUGCAAAUCCCUUUUGUUGGUUUUCAACCAAUCAGAACCAGUGAGCAUAUGGCAGCAUCAGGAGUAUUUGCAUUGGUCAUGGCAGCCGGCGCAUUUAAUUACAUACAAACCCGUAUCACCAAAGCUGAGUUCAAGUUUAUUUUUAUAUUUGCAACACUAGUCACUUCUGGUAUUGUAUUAUUAGCUGUUGUUGGUCUAACUUGGGCUGGAGUCAUUGCACCGUGGAGUGGAAGGUAUGACUUAUUUUGGAAAUUUGAAUACUAAAUUAAAUAUGCAAACUAUUUAAUUAUAAAUAUUAUAUUAUGUAGGUAUUUAUUAAUAUGGACUAAUAAAUAAAGUUUUCACAUGAAAAAUGUUAACAUUUAAUCUAUUUUAUUUUGUUUAUUUUUUUUUAUUUUUAGAUUUUAUUCCUUGUGGGAUACAACAUAUGCUAAGAUACAUAUACCUAUCAUUGCAUCUGUGUCUGAGCAUCAACCAACCACAUGGUUUAGCUUUUUCUUUGAUCUCCAUAUACUUGUAUGCGUAUUCCCUGCUGGGCUGUGGUAUUGUAUUCAAGAAUAUAAUGAUGAGCGACUUUUUGGUAAGACAUUUAAUAAAUUAAUAUAGGUAAUUAAAAUCAAUUAAUAAUAUGUCAUGUUAUGUUAUGUUUAGUGGUAUUAUAUGCUCUAAGUGCUGUUUAUUUUGCUGGUGUUAUGGUCAGAUUGAUGUUAACUUUAACACCAGCUGUGUGUAUUCUUGGAGGUAUAGCAUUUUCCAAAAUAUUUGAAAAUUAUUUAAAAGAAGAAACUCCUCCAGUGAUAAAUAAUAGUACAAAAUUAAUAGAAGAUAAACAGUCUGUUAAGGAUAAAACUCCUUCUAAAUCCUCACAAGUAAGUAGAUUAAAAAUUAAAGUACUUAAUAUUCAGUGGAUUCUGCUUAAUAUGAGCAUAUUAGGACCAGUUACUUUAUACAGUUACCCAUUGUAACCAAAAUGAGUUUUGAUACAUAUUAGAAUUAGGACCUGACUGUUUUGCCCAUAUUAGACGGAUGCCCACAUUAAGAGGAAUCUAUUGUAUUAAUUUCUGAUUAUAUAUAAACAUAGUUUUAAUAAAAAUAUCUUUACAUAAUUAAUGAAAACUAAUUUAUUAUUAUUUUUGUUAUUAAUUUGAAAGACAUUGUUUUCUAUUAUAAUUUAAAAUAUCAAAAAUAUAAUUUUUAGUCAUUACUAAGUAUAUCACAUUACAAUUUCUAUUUAUUUGUACAUUAUUAUUGUUUUACUGUGAGUUUAAUUAUUUAAAAAUAAGUGUUAAUUUCUUUAGGACAAAAAAAACUUUAUUAUAAUUUUGUAUUUAAAACUAAUAAGUCUUAUUUAUUUAUUUUAUUUUAGACUGCUGCUGGAAAGAGCAAAAAGAAACCACCAACAGUUGUUUCAACUAAUGGUGACUGUAGUAAUGGAGAAGGUGUUGGAUCAAACAUUAGAAGUAUCGUGACUAUUUCUAUGUUACUCGUACUUAUGAUGUUUGUUGUCCACUGUACUUGGGUCACUAGUAACGCCUAUUCUAGUCCUAGUAUUGUACUAGCAUCAUUCAGUAGUGAUGGGUAUGAUUUUGUGUUUUUUAAUAACUUUGAUGUAUCGACCAUUUUAUGUUUGAUUGAGUUUAACUAAUAAGUAUUAGUUAUUCAUAUAUAUGGUGUUUAUAAAAUUGAUCCAAAAAAUGAAGAAUAGAAAAUAGAAAAAUAUUUUAAUGGUUUAUUUAUUAAGAUGAAAAAUAAUUUAAUUUUUUUUUAUCAAAUGUCAGAAUUUUUUUCAACCUUUCAACCUCAAUAACUUCAUUUAUUUUAUUAUUAACUGUACAUUAAACACUCAAUGUGAGAUAAUGUCUAUAAUUUAUUUUCAUCCUUUUCUAAUUUGUGCUUGAUAAUUGUCUUACAUUUUAAUAUAAUCACUUAGGUAAUAAAAUGCUGAUAUCACUUUUUUUCAGUUAUUUUCAAUUUUUUUUGCGAUAAGGACUUGUUAAAAUUAACUGUCUACAUUUGUGUGUGUUUAUUUGGAUGUUAAUUAAGUAGAUAUACAAAAACUUGCAUGUUUCCCCCUUUAAAAAUGUGUAUUUUAAAAACUAGGUCAGGUUAAAUGUAAUAUUAAUUUUUUUAUUUAGAUCUCGACAAAUAUUAGAUGAUUUCCGGGAAGCUUACUAUUGGUUGUCACAGAACACUGACAAUGACGCCCGUAUCAUGUCUUGGUGGGAUUAUGGCUAUCAAAUAGCCGGAAUGGCAAAUCGUACUACGUUAGUUGAUAAUAAUACUUGGAACAAUAGUCAUAUAGCUUUAGUUGGCAAGGCAAUGUCAUCUACUGAACCUAAAGCAUAUGAGAUUAUGACAUCACUUGAUGUUGAUUAUGUUCUUGUUAUUUUUGGUGGUGUCAUUGGAUACUCUGGUGAUGAUAUAAACAAAUUUUUAUGGAUGGUCCGAAUUGCAGAGGGGGAACACCCUAAAGAAAUAAGAGUAUGUAUAUUAUCAUUAUUUUAAAUUGUUAUUUAUUACUCCAUGUUCUUAUUUAUACAUUUUUUUUUUAACUAGGAAUCCGAUUACUUUACUGACCGUGGAGAAUUUAGAAUUGACAGUGGAGGUUCACAGACUAUGCUCAAUUGUUUAAUGUACAAACUUAGUUACUAUAGAUUUGGCGAUCUAAAGGUAAGGAUAAAUAUUAAUAUUAUACAUUAAUCUUAUUUUAUUAUUUUUUAUUUAUUUAAAUAAAAACUGUGUUUAAUUAUUCACAGUUGGACUUUAGAACGCCUGCUGGUUUUGAUCGUACACGUAACGCUGUUAUAGGUAACCAAAAUUUUGACCUCACUUAUUUAGAAGAGGCUUACACUACUGAACACUGGUUAGUCAGGAUAUACAGGGUAAAAAAACCAGAUGAGUUUAAUAGGCCGCGUAUACCAGUUUCUGAAAGGAAAAUAAGAAACCCUGGAGCAUCAGCUGUGUCGAAAAAGGUAGAUAUAUUAUUAUUUUUUAAUUUAUAAAUUAAAAUAUUAAAAUCUGAUGUGAUAUAUCAUAAAGAAAAUAUUAUAAAAUGUUGAAAAUUAUUUGUGUUUCUAUUAGUCUGCCCGCAAGAAGAAAGGCACCAUUUAUGGAAAACCAGUGGUUGUAAAAGGUAAAAAACCGAAAUCAACAAGCACGUAUACAAGUGCAAGUGGAAUGUUAUAAUAUAUAAAAUAAUUUUAUGACUCGAAAAUGAGCGCCAUUAUAUAUUAUUGUUUAUUGAAUGAUUUAUUUUUGUUUUCAUUUACACAAAAUUAUUAUGUGAUCUACAAUAGAAGCAAAUAAAAUAAAUGUUACUUUUUUAAAAAAAAAUUUUUUUAUUAGAAUGCACUAAUUAAAUGUUAACAAGUCUAUGGUUAUAUAUACAGGGCGUUCCAUUUAAGUGGAUACACUUGAUAUCUUGGAAAGUAUCUACUUUUCUAUUUUUUUUUUUUUUUUUUUUGAAAAUUUAAGAAACAAUAUAAGUCCUCAUUUGAAAAACCAAAGAAGGUUUUUCACCCUUCUAAAAAUAAGGUGACAAAAAAUAAUGUAAAUAUUAAAUUUUAAUGUAGCUUGCUUUUUAAAUUUUCAAAAAAAAAUUUAAAAAGUAAACAUUUUCCGAUAUACAUCAAACUUACCCACUUAAAUACAUCAACCUGUAUAUAUAUAUAUAUAUAUAUUUAUUUAUAUAUAAUUACAUAGACACUACUUAAUUACAAAAUAUGGUCAGCACUGAAUUCUGACUAAAUAUAAUUGUAUUUGUUUUAAAAAAAAAUUGUAUUAUUAUUAUAUAAUAUUAUAUAGUUGUAAAUUACAAUUUUAUAAUUUAUAUUUAAAAGAAUAUAUUGUAUAAUAAAAAGGGGAAACACAAAUAACUAUGUAGAAAUUGUUUUUUAUUUCUCAUUUAUUUUUUAUUUGUUUUGUACUCAUU